AUGGAGCGCUGCGAGCGGCACCUCAUCACCAAGAAGGCGCCGCACCUCGUUGAGCGCAUCCAGGCGUUCACCGAGAGCAGCGCCACGGUCGAGCUCGCGGCGAUCCGCCUGGGGUGCGAUGCGGCGCAUAUCGCCAAGUCGCUCUCAUUUCUUCUCAAGAAGCCGAUGAGCAAGACGGAGGCAAAGGCGCACCAGAAGAUGGUGAGGGAGGUGCUUGCACAGCAGCAGCAGGACGGCAGCGGGGCGGCGGGGGGCGACCGCACGAGCGCCUCGCCCACCACCACCACCACCGCCCCUGACGACGCCAACGUCGUUGUCAUCGUGGCAGCGGGCGACGCGAAGGUGAGCGCGAAGAAGUACAAGGAAAAGUUUGCGUGUCAGCCCAAGAUGCUGAGGCGCGAGGAGGUGGAGCCGUACACGGGCUUCCCACCCGGGGGCGUGUGCCCCUUCGGCCUCAACGACGAUGUCAGGGUGUACCUGGACGUCUCGCUGAAGCGCUUCCCAUACGUGUACCCGGCGGCGGGGACGACGAACACCGGUAUCCGGGUCACCGUCGAUGAGCUCGAGCAGUACGCGUCGAACGUCGUUGAGUGGGUGGACCUCUGCGAGGGGUGGCAACCGGAGGAAGGCGCCGCCCCCGCCGACGGCAGCAGCAGCCGCAGCAGCACCAUCGGCGUGGUCCAGGACGCCGGCAUCGCCGCCAAGAGGGUGGAGAACGAGGUGUCCAAGGCGGAGGAGGCGGUGUAA